AAAAGAUCUGAGAAGAAGGGCCGGCAAGAGAAAGAAACGGCGCCUUCUUUUGUUUUUGUUUUUUGGAUUUUUUUUUUUUUUUUGCUAAAAUGACGACGUUAGUGUUGGAUAACGGAGCCUACAAUGCCAAAAUCGGUUACAGCCAUGAAAAUGUAUCGGUUGUUCCUAACUGCCAGUUCAGGUCAAAAACAGCACGUCUUAAAACGUUUACUGCUAACCAGAUAGAUGAAAUAAAGGACCCUUCUGGACUCUUUUACAUCCUUCCCUUUCAGAAGGGUUACUUGGUGAAUUGGGAUGUUCAAAGACAAGUUUGGGAUUACCUUUUUGGAAAAGAAAUGUAUCAGGUUGAUUUUUUAGAUACUAAUAUUAUUAUCACAGAACCAUAUUUUAAUUUCACCUCAAUUCAAGAAUCCAUGAAUGAAAUCCUAUUUGAAGAAUACCAGUUCCAAGCAGUAUUAAGAGUAAAUGCUGGGGCUCUCAGUGCACAUAGGUAUUUCCGAGAUAAUCCUUCCGAAUUAUGCUGUAUCAUUGUGGAUAGUGGAUAUUCCUUUACACAUAUAGUCCCUUAUUGUAGAAGUAAAAAGAAAAAAGAAGCAAUUAUUCGGAUAAAUGUGGGAGGAAAACUCCUAACCAAUCACCUGAAGGAGAUCAUAUCUUAUAGGCAGUUACAUGUUAUGGAUGAAACCCAUGUGAUUAAUCAAGUGAAAGAAGAUGUCUGCUAUGUCUCUCAGGACUUUUAUAGAGAUAUGGAUAUUGCUAAGUUGAAAGGAGAAGAAAAUACAGUAAUGAUAGACUAUGUUUUGCCUGACUUUAGUACAAUUAAAAAGGGCUUUUGUAAGCCAAGGGAAGAGAUGGUGUUAAGUGGAAAAUAUAAAUCUGGGGAACAAAUUCUUCGUCUGACCAAUGAAAGAUUUGCUGUUCCAGAAAUACUUUUUAAUCCUUCUGAUAUAGGCAUUCAAGAAAUGGGAAUUCCAGAAGCUAUUGUCUAUUCAAUUCAGAACUUACCCGAAGAAAUGCAGCCACAUUUUUUUAAGAACAUUGUUUUGACAGGAGGAAAUUCCCUUUUCCCAGGAUUUCGGGACCGGGUUUACUCAGAAGUUCGAUGUCUCACUCCCACAGAUUAUGAUGUUUCUGUUGUGCUGCCUGAAAACCCUAUUACUUACUCCUGGGAAGGUGGAAAAUUGAUAUCAGAGAAUGAUGAUUUUGAAGAUAUGGUGGUAACAAGAGAAGAUUAUGAAGAAAAUGGGCAUAGCGUCUGUGAAGAGAAAUUUGAUAUUUAAAUAACAUUUCUGAAUGAAAGUUUUGACUGGUUGCAACAAAGGUUUAAUUUAAAUGUUCUUUUUAAAGGAGGUUAAGGGCCUGUGCUCCCUUUUAUCUUAAGAUAAAGACUUGAACUUAUGUAAAUACUUUGAUCCAUGGCUAAUUUUCAAAGGUUUCUAAGGUAGAUUAUUAAGUGAACUGUAACUUGGCCGAUAUAUUUUCAUCUAGGAGCUAGACUACUGUAACAAUGCUUAUGUUGUUUCUGAGAGUAGGUUAUCUUACAUUAGAAAAUGGAAGAGUGAAUGCAUUUUAAGUUUCAUUCUUCAUAGCUGAAAGCAGAAACUUAACUGUCUCACUAGUCAGUUUUCUUUCUGAGGUAAUUUUGUGUGACUUUGACUCAGAAUUGGCCAGUGCUUUCAGUCUGAUAGGAUUUCUCUCUCUCUUAGAACCAAAUAUUUUACUUUAAAGUUGUCCUUUUAUUUGCAUAUACUAAAGUUGGAAAGACCAGUCAUAUGGGUUUCAUGUUUAUUUUUUACUUAGAGUACGUUUGAAAGGGCAGAGACUAAAACCUAUUUACUGAAGUGUUUUUGGUCACUACUCUGUUGGCAGAAAUGUACUAUUUCACUCAUAAAAAUACCGCACCAUUUUUUUGAGAGGAAACUAAAUUUGAAGUUAACUUGGGUUGUUCAAAAACUUUAUACAAAUGCUAGUGUUUAGUUUUAAAAAUUCUUAUGUAAUGUACAGUAUGUAAGGUGUCAAAGGCUAUGGCUGUUCAAUUUAGGGAAACGACAUACAGUGACAUUAACAAAGGGGGCAGGUAGGCUCCUUUGAUUGCAGACAGUAAAAACUCCUUAGGGCUAUCCUAAGCAAAACAGCAUUUAUCUGCAGGACAAAGAGCAGCUCAUAAAAUCUGUGAAAAAGCUAGGCCACCCUGACUGUGUGGCUCAGUGGAUUGGGUGUCGUCCUGCAAACUGAAAGGUGGCUGGUUCAAUUUCCAGUCAGGGCACAGGGCUGGGUUGCAGGCCAGGUCCCGGUUCAGGGUAUUUGAGAGGCAACCGAUUGAUGUUUCUGUCUUGUAUCAGUGUUUCUCUCCCUCUCUUCCUCGCUCCCUUCCUCUCUCUCUAAAAAUAAAUAAAUAAUCCUUAAAAAAAAAAAAGAAAAGAAAAAGCUAGACCAACAGCCUUAAGAGUGUAAACCAGAUAAACUUAGGCAUCUAGGUUAUAUAAACUAGGGGACAAUCCAUAUAGAGCCCUGCCAUCAAAAUAGCUCAGCUUCUGUAUUUUCUGUUUGGCCUUAUACUCAAUAUUCAAAUUCCAACAAUCAUUUUUCUCAAGUUAGGAUCAUGCAUCUACCCUAUAGCUUUAGGGGCUUUGACAGUCUUAUUAAGACCACUUACAGUGAAAGAAGGAAGAUUCCCAAAGGAAAAUUAAUGUGAAGAGACAGAUGUUGAGCUGUGUACAACAAUUAUAUAUUGGAUUAUGUUGGGUUAGGGCCAGGUUGCUCCUUCCUAGACCUAGGUUGGUUAUUAUUACAGAGUUGUAGAUGGAGUGUGUUUGUCUGAUACCCAGUUAUUGUCAUUUGUGAACAGUGUAGCAGAAAGAUGCUGGUGGUAGAAAAGAAGCUUUUGCAACCAUACAUUGUAAGAGUGCUAGAAUUUCAAGGUGAUGUGGUUAGAGGUAAAACGAUAAGCCCCCAUUUACAGGGUUUUCCUUGACUUGUUAGUAUCUCAUCUGAGACAGACAGACAGAAUACUGUCAUUACCAACCAGAUGUUUACCUGUGAGGGCAUUCCUCAAAGCUGCACUCCCAAAACAUACCCUCACCUGAAGUCUUCUGUUAUGUUCUACUGAGAAUGAUGCAUGUGUGUUCAUGUCCUUACUACAGUACACUGUAAUUUCUGUAUACAGUGUAGGUCUCCUAGUAUUCCUUUUUGAGACCACAAAAAUUCAUGAAAAAAAACUUCACCCAAGGAUAUUUCCAUUGAUUUUUAGACAUAGGAAGGGAGAGGGAGAGAGAGAGAAACAUUGAUGUGAGAGAGAAAUAUCGAUCGGUUGCUUCCCACAUGUACCCCGACUGGGGAUCAAACCCGCAACCUAGGUACGUGUGCUGACUUAUUUUUAUUUGAGGGGUGCUUAACACCACUAGAGAGGCACCAACGCCAACAAACAAUAGUGAACCCCUAGGGAGUAAAAUAAGCAAAAGGAACUUUACAAGUAAUAAGUAAUAUUCUCUAAGAGACUGGUGAUGGAAUUGGAUGUAUUACAACAAUAGGUUGCUGUUGUAACAGUGGGGAAUUGUAACCCACCCCAUCGUUCUUUUGACAUUGUUUCUGUAAAUGCUGACUCUAAUAAGUAGCCUGUAGAUAAAUAGCAUGUUUGUAUAAGGGUCCUAGGCACUAACUUCAAAAGAUACAGUCUCUGACCUUCUGGCAUCCAAGCUCCAAGCCAUGUGCUGACUGUUUGCCUUUGGAGCCAGGAUGACGUGGAGCCAGGGUGACUAAACCAGGAUGGUGCACACUGGACCGUCACUUGUCUUAUUGGAAUGGACUAGACCCAUCUGCACGUUGAGAGCUUUUUAACCCCCUCCCUUGAUCUCUUUCUUCUGCUUCCCCUCUGGCUCCUUAUAAAAACCUCUGCCUGCACUGAAAUGUGGACAUAGGUAUUGAGACACGAGUCCUCCAUGUUCCAGGUGACUGGCAUCUGAAUAAACCAUUUUCCUUCACAUUAGCACCUGUCUCACAAGUUUGGCGUUCAUAGCAGCAGGAAGUCAUACCUGCAUUCAUUUACACUGUAACAAAGAUAGAUUGUAGAAACUGAAAGUAGGGAUUACUUAUGCUCAAUUGGUGCGUUGAAUAGCAGAACAGACACUACUAGACUGAAAAACAGAAAGCUGAGAGAAUUUUCCCAGAAUGUAGCACAAUUCGGCAAGGACUGGGAUGGCUGGGGAAAGAGGCUGAUUAAUAUCCACAGUAUCGGUUGGCUAUGCUGUCCACCUAGAGCCCUUUUUGUAGAAGAGGACUCUGAUGAGCUCUCAGAACACAAAUAUCCUUGCACUUGUGGCUUACUCUGAGAUGCCCAUUCAUAUGCUUCUUUCCUAAAGCUUCUAGUUCCCAGGUUUCUUGUCUUUAGUUGUCAUAUCUGGGGUCCUUCAGUUAACCCAUUAGCCAUUAUUUCCGGCCAUAUUUUUAUGCAAACUGAACAACUGGAAAUGCUGCCCUCAGUUUUGCUCCGAGGUCAUGUCCCUUCCCACUGUCAGUCAGGCAUGUGCAGCAGCAAGCUGUGCUCAAGCGGAAGUGGUAUACACAAGUUGGGACUCAGGUUGGACAAGUCAAUCGCAUGAUCUUGCUGAGAGUACUUACUCAUACUGCACUAUUUACCUUUCCCUCAACUCACGUCUGUGAUGUCCUGGAGGUUCCCUAAUACCACCGAGGGAGAAUUCAAACCUGGUUUAUAAGUGGUUCUGCAUGAAAUGGCUGGCUCUAGCCAGAAGUGGAGUGUUGGCAUAGAUCAACUAUUGAAUUGUACACCUGUGAGAGAAUCAGACGACAAAGAGUUGCCUAAUAGUGUCACCGAUGACAGAAUUGUCAGGUGACAGAGUUGGAGCUACAAGACCAACUUUCCGCGUUUUGUGUUCACAAUCUUCCUGGCACAGAAGCAAUCGUAUAGUAAAAGCACCUCCAAUUCCACUUGUAGAGCAUGUGGGAGGAAAGAUUUCCAGGGAAAAAAGUCUCAAGAAUGGUUUUCAAUCUUGAACAUCAUGUAUAUAAAUGGGAGAGAAGUGUUGUCUGAACACUUAUUUCUUGGAGUUAGAAAACCUUUUUACCUGGAUAGUGCCUGAGAAUGAAUAACCUAAGACUAAGCAGUAAUAAGCACUAUGAAUCAGGCUGUCAGUUCUCAUAGAAAUUUAUAAAUAUUGUAUCAGGAGGUAGGCUGUACAAUGAGCAGAGCUGGAUUUUAUUUAUACAGGGGAAAAUGGUUUGCACAUAAUAAGUCCUUCAAAAGGUUUAGCCUAAAAUUGAAUGACAACACCUUUGGGAAUUCUAUUUAAGCCUAAUAACUGUAAUUUAUGGAGCUGUCACUAGGUGGAGUGGCACUUCUGGGUUAGUAAUGCCUCAACCUUCAAAACCAUUCAGUGGAAGGCAUUUUUUUUUCUUUGUAAACAAGUUUAAUUGAAUAGUGGUAUAUGUGAUGAAAAUAAGCCCCAUUAGGAAAUGUCAUUCCAUUUAAAUAGCAAUAAACCAUUUCAAGCAUUGCCGAACCACCCUAACUUCUAGUAAUUCUACUAUUUCUACAUUGGAUUUUACCUUAAUCUAGGGUACUCAUUUGCUAACAUUUUCCUUUCUGAACGCAAAUAGGUCACUAGUAAAUCCAGAUCUCCAACUCCAGAGCCCAUUCUCUUACUGUCUGCCAUCCUACCUGCUCUCCCUCAUGCCUUUGAUAUUUCUGGUCUUAUAAAUACAAACCUAUGAGUGUAUAUUUUUACUCUAGAGAUUAAAAGAAAAACUGAGGCUCAGAGAGAAGAUGUUUACUUCAGGUUAUAUGUAGUCUUCUAAUCACCAGAUACAAGGACACUGUAAUAGACUUAAUGCACUCCUCAAAAUGCCAGCCAUUCAUGGUGAUGGGGAGAAAUUCCCCACCCGAUUUACACAGAACAUUAAAUAGCAAUUUUCCUAGUAAGGAGACUUUCCCCCACACAUACCUCCAGUUGAGAGAGAAGGGUUGCGGGGGAGAGAGGAAGGAGGGAGGGAGGGCGGGAGGAGGAGAAAGGAAAGGAGGGAAGAAAGAAGAAAAGCCGUAAAAUACUCUAGACUAAAGAAUUAGAGAAGGCAAAAUCAUGGUUUUAGAGAUUCAUGAAUUUUAAGUUUGUAGAUUUUAAAAUCCUUUCUAAGUCUCACCCUAUUUAAAUGAUUCACGGUGUUUAAGUUAUAGUAGCCUAUGGGGGUAGCUUAAAAAUCACAUAUGCUAAAGAAAAUGCAUGUUUUUCGAGAACUCACGUAUGAAAUGUUCCUUUUCUGUAAAAAAAAUUCUAAAGAUAUUAAAUAUACCAGAUCGCUAA